AUGGAAUUUCGUGCUCUAAUCAACUUUGCGAUUUGGCGUGAUACAAGGGAUAUCUCAGAUGCAAAUGAAUUAUCUACAACGUUCUAUGAUAGACCAUCGAUGAAGAAAUGUUAUGAAUAUCUAGAUUUCACUUCAAGGAGUUUCUCCAGGGUAAUCAAAGAAUUAGAGGGUGAUCUCGCAAGAACCAUCACUUUAUUUUACUUGGUAUUGAGAGCUUUAGAUACUGUGGAAGAUGAUAUGACUAUACCCAAUUCAGUCAAAUUACCUUUAUUGAGAUCAUUCCACGAAAAAUUAUAUGAACCAGGAUGGACUUUCCAAGACUCACAAGAAAAGGAUAAAAUCGUUUUACAGGAAUUCAAUAAUAUUCAAUAUGAAUUCUCUACGCUCAAACCCGAAUACCAAGCUGUGAUUGCUGAUAUCACCAAGAAGAUGGGAGCUGGUAUGGCUGAUUUUGCGGCGUUGGCAACGCCUGAACAACCAGUGGCUGAAGUUGACAGUAUUCAAGAUUAUGAUCUUUAUUGUCAUUAUGUAGCUGGAUUAGUCGGUGAAGGAUUAUCAGGAUUGUUCGCAGCAUCAGGAAAAGAAAGAUCUUUCAUCGCGGAUCAAUUAACGUUAUCAAAUUCAAUGGGAUUGUUAUUACAAAAGACCAAUAUAUUCAGAGAUAUACAUGAAGACGUUAUUGAAGGUAGAGGAUUUUGGCCAAAAGCGAUUUGGGGUAAAUAUGGUUUUAAUUCAAUGAAAGAAUUAAUCGAUCCUUCAAAGAAAGAACAAGCUUUAUGGGCUUCGUCGGAGAUGGUUCUAGAUGCUUUGAGACACGCAACGGAUGCUUUAGAUUAUAUGACAUUAUUAAGAUGUCAAAGUGUAUUCAACUUUGUAGCUAUUCCUGCUGUAAUGGCUAUAGCUACUUUGGAGAGAACUUUUAUGAACGAGAAGAUCUUACAAGGGAAUGUGAAAAUCAGGAAAGGAGAAACUGUCAGACUCAUCCUGAGAUCAACCAACCCAAGAGAUGUCGCGUACAUUUUCCGAGAGUAUGCCAGGAAAAUUCACGCUAAAGUCCACAAAGACGAUCCAAAUCUCUUGAAGCUCAGUAUCGCAUGUUCAAAGAUUGAGCAAUGGGCCGAACACCAUUACCCAUCAUUCAUAACCGUAUCCGCUGGAUCAAGUGGCGGAGCUUCAUCAGCCAUCGAUCCCUCGUCAAAUGACGCAAGGGCCAUUUUGUUUACUAGUUUAGCUAAAGAAGCACAAGAUAGGGCUAGAAAAGAAAAGACUGACAAAUUCAUGGCUGAUUUGAAAGCCAGAGGUGUAAUCAAGGAAAGAAGUCCAGAAGAAGAAGCUGAAAUCAAAAGAAAAUACGAUGCGAUGGAUAAAGAAGGUGUACCCGUCCUCAUGAUCUUUGGUGUCAUCGUAGGGGUCUUGGCUCUAAUGGCUGCUUUGGGAGGUAUCGUGAUUUGGGUCGUAUUAAAAUACUUUGGUGAUGAAUGA